AUGGCUGAACUCUCAAGCCCAACAACACCAAGCCUCACUGAGUCUCCGCUGCCAGAGCCACCAACCGCUGAGCCACCAACCGGAGAGCCAUCAACCGGAGAGCCAUCAACUGCAGAGCCACCAACCUCUGAGCCACCAACCGCAGAGCCACCAACCGCAGAGCCACCAACCUCUGAGCCUCCAACCGGAGAGCCACCAACCGCUGAGCCACCCACCGCAGAGCCACCAACCUCUGAGCCACCAACCUCUGAGUCACCAACCGCUGAGCCACCCACCGCUAAGCCACCAACCUCUGAGCCACCAACUUCAACUGCAGAGCCCCCAACUGCUGAGCCACCAACCGCUGAGCCACCAAACGCUGAGCCACCAUCCUGAGAGCCACCAACCACUGAGCCACCAACC